UUUUUAUAAAGUAAGUUACUUUAAAGCAUUAUGUGAAAAUUAAUUAUGUGGCUUUUUCCUUUGCCAUAUCUUAUUUAAUUGCUCUGAUGAUUUAACGAGCCCUUCCGCCGUGACAACAGAAAGUCUUGCGGUAUCCGACACAGCCCAGGGAUUCCUCCGCUGUUAUUGUUUUCACCCCCUUGGGAAAUGUGAGGACCAGUCGCCCUUUCCCGUUUCCAGGUGGCGACCGCAGGCGGUGGGUAAUGGCUGGCUACUCUGUUCUGCAACGGGCGUUUUAAUACACCCAGAGGACGAAGAGGUUGCUAGAGUUAUUAUCCCGUGACUGUUCUUGUUGCUAGGGCAGAUAGCUAGAUUCUGAAGUCAUACCCACUCCAGACUGCAGCGGCUAUAACCAGCUGUUUGAGUCCUACGUUCGCCCGAGUGUGACCUGCACUCCGCAAUGGGCAGUCAUUUUCGCAGCUACACCUGGGACCCAGUCCUUAUAGUGUCUCAAAUUGUACUAAUGCAGUGCAUCUACUACAGUUUCUUGGGUCUGUGGCUGGCUGGGGUGGACAGCCUUGUACAAACGAAUCAGUCAUUGGACCAGAUUUUCAGUGAUGAAGUCCUUGGAUUUGCAACAAUGCAGGGCAGACUUUCAAUGAUGGCCUUCCUCUUAAACUCUCUCACCUGUGCCCUUGGUCUGUGGUUUUUCAUCCGUCGAGGGAAACAGUGCCUGGACUUCACCAUCACUGUGCACUUUUUCCAUAUGAUUGGCUGCUGGAUCUAUAAUACUCAUCUUCCUGCUGCUCUGUCCUGGUGGCUCGUUAAUGUUGCCUGCAUUGCAUUGAUGGCUGUAAUUGGAGAGUACCUGUGCAUGCGGACUGAGCUCAGGGCCAUCCCAGUCAACAGUGGACCGAAGUCUAACCUUUGACCUGUCAUUGGUGCGAAAGUAACACCAAAUCAAAAUCAACAGACUGUAAAGCUUGGGAAAUGUGAUCAAAGGAGGGUUUUAUUGCUCAAGAAGAUGACAGAAUGGCAAGGCACAAUGAUGCAGAUGUGAGCAGUGUAGAAGAAUUGCGUAUUUGUCCAGGUGAUACAACAGCAAGAUGAAUUGUAUGAGUCAGCUUGCUGUUGUCCUAUUUAUAACUGACCAUUUAACACUGGACAUUUGGUUUUGUAGCCUAUCAAGAUACUAUGUUUUGAUGUUUUGUUUUUUUUAAACUGGAUGUCAAUUUCAAUAUUUUUAUUGACCGUAGAUAGGAUUGCACUUUGAUUACUUGGCUUAAAUCUUUUUCACAAAGUUGCAGCAUUAUUUAUUCAACUUAGGGAAUGAAUAAAUCACGCUGUUCAUUCUUGAACUAACUGUGCCGUAUAGUUUUCUCAUAUGCAUAAUUAUGUUCAUUUUUGUGUAAAGGGGAGGCACUGGAUUUUUAUUUUUGAUUGGUCAGGAAAAUAAAGAACAGCAUUGUUACUUUUCUUCAUAAAUCUUAACAUUGCGGUCUUAAGGGAUAUUGGUAAGAGUUCCUUGGCACAAUCAUGCAACAUUUUUAUACUGUUACCAUGAUGUUUCUGUUGGUGUCCUGAUGUGUAAUGAAUGGUGGCCACUCUGGUGACAUCUUGUCCACCACCAGCGGUCCUGUGAGAGACUUUCUAAAAAUACUGCUGCUAUGUAUGGACACACAUUUGAAGUUACUUGUCAUUGCACAGGGUUUAUUCUACCCAAAGGUUUUUCAGUUUAAUCGAGGUCAUUUUAUCACAACCUGGAGAAAAAUGUCUGCCUUGUGUGUACCAGGUAGUCAUAUUCCCCCACAGUUUGUAUGGCAAGGGGUGAGAUUCAAUACGUUGUGGCUUUGAAAAUGUCGACUAUGUUGUGUUUUUCUAUUAUUAUUUCUUGGACUAUUGCCAGCAUGUCAUUAUAUUGGAUGGGUGGAUAUCUUCAAACUGCUGAAGCCUUCCUAAACCAUAACCUAAACCACAACCUAAACCACAAUCUAAACCCUAAACCAUAACCUAUAACCUAAACCAUAACCUGAACCAUAUCCUAAACCUAAACCAUUACCUUAAUCAUAACAUGACCUAAACAUAACCUAAACCAUAACUAGAAACAUGACCUGAACCAUAACCUAAACUGUAACUUGAACCAUAACCUAAACCAUAACCAGAAACAUAACCUAAACCUAAACCAUAACCUAAGCCUAAACCAUAAACUGAACCAUAACCUAAACCUAAUACGUAACCUUAAACAUAACCUGAACCAUAACUAUAAACUGAACCAUAACCUGAACCAAAACCUUUCGUAAUGUGGAUCUUUUGAACUGUUGCAUCUCCGACAGCAAAGCAUGCAAGGCCACCUCUGCAUGGAAAUAUAUUUGAUAUUGUAUUAUCUAUCUAUUAAAACGUUUUUAAUUAAUAUGUUUAAUAAAUAGAUGCU